AUGCAACUUUGGUGCCGUGUGCAACUACGUAUUUAAAUCAUUGAACAUCAUAAUUUUGGUAAUUGCCGGUGCUCCUGUUUUAUAGAAAGGAAACUUUGAUCAUCAUGUGGAAGAUAAUAAUAUUAUGUACGGUUGUGGGUCUGGUGGCCGCCGAAAAGACUACUUUUGAAAAUUACAAGGUCUUCAGAGUUGCUGCGACUACAGAAACUCAGGCUGAACUGCUCAAUCAAUUGACAGACGCUCCUGAUGGAUUUUCCUUCUGGAGGGAACCGUCAUUGAACAAACACGCGGAGCUUAUGGUAGCCCCGCACAAACUCUCUGAAUUCUAUGAAAUGAUGGCGCGGAUUCAAGUACCUUAUGAACUUUAUAUUGAGAAUGUUCAAGAAUUAAUCGAUAUAGCAGCACCCGUGGCAAUGUCAACGACAUUUGAUUUUAGAAACUAUUACAAUCUCGAUGCAAUUUACAAAAAUCUGGACGAUUUAGCCAACCAAUAUCCCGAUAAGGUACAGACUAUCAUAGGCGGCAAGACGUACGAGGGGCGUCAAAUCAAAGGCGUUAAAGUUUCCUUUAAAGCCAACAAUCCCGGAAUCUUCAUUGAGGGUGGUAUUCACGCCAGAGAGUGGAUCUCGACAGCGACUGUUAUGUACAUUCUUCAUCAAUUACUGACCAGCGACAAUCCGGAGAUCAGAGCUCUAGCUGAGAGUCAUGAUUGGUAUAUCUUCCCUUCAUUUAAUCCCGACGGAUACGUAUACACGCACACCACGAACCGAUUAUGGAGAAAGACACGUAAGCCCUAUGGUUUCGGGUGUUAUGGCAGCGAUCCCAACAGGAACUGGGGCUACAAAUGGAACACUGGAGGCUCUAGUAAUUUCCCAUGUUCCGACACUUUCGCUGGAACAGGACCAUUCUCUGACAUUGAAACAAAGAGCAUGUCUGAAUAUAUCAGCUCGAUUUCCGACAAAUUCUAUGCAUAUCUUACGUUCCACAGUUAUUCGCAACUACUGCUGAUCCCUUACGGUCACACAAGGGCUCGUCUUGAUAACUACAACGAGUUGUAUGAUAUCGGCUUGAAAUCAAUUACAGCUCUCCAAAAAAGAUACGGAACUAAAUAUACAGUUGGAAAUAUUGCUGAGACAAUCUAUGUGGCUUCUGGAGGUUCUAUGGAUUGGGUCAAAGGCACUUACGGUACACCUAUUACCUAUACUUAUGAAUUGCGUGAUACAGGUCGCUACGGUUUUUUGUUGCCUCCUAACCAAAUUAUCCCAACUGGAGAAGAAACUAUGGACUCUCUCAUAACUAUGUUUAAACAAGCAAAGGGAUAUGGAUACCCUAAACAAUAAUUAAAUACUAAAUAACUAAAUUUUGUAAUAAAUAUAAUUAC